UUUCGCGCUCUAGUCUCUUAUUUUUCGUUUCCAAGAAAACAGAAAUGGCGGAUCCAGCAAUCCACCACGAGACCCAACCCAUUAACCAAAUCGCCAUAGACUACACCCCAGAGGCAUGCACUCACUGCCCGGAGUCCAAUUCCAUCACUCUCACAUACGACUACCGUGGGGGCGCACGGUGGCGCAGUACCACCCGCUUUCUUUGCGGCACUUUCAGUUCUCUCAUCCAAUGUCCCAAAGGUAACACGAGUGGCCUUAACUUCAACAUCUAUCUUUCUUCUCUUGAAGGUGACAAAUCCCAAGAUGAGAUCGACUUUGAGUUUCUUGGUAAAGACAAGACCAUCGUACAAACUAAUUACUACGCUUCAGGGACUGGGAACAGAGAAGAAAUUCAUGAUCUGGGGUUUGAUUGUUCUGAUGCGUUUCAUGAGUGUGUAAUAAAGUGGUGUCCAAAUUUCAUAGAGUGGUUGAUUGAUGGAAAGGUGGUGAGGAAAGUGGAGAAAAGGGAAGGGGAGGGAUUCCCUGAGAAACCCAUGUUUUUGUAUGCUUCAAUUUGGGAUGCAAGCUACAUUUGUGACGCAACUUGGACUGGACCUUAUAUGGGGUGUGAUGCACCUUAUGUUUGUCUCUACAAGGACAUUUGUGUGCCUGUUGGGACUGCGGUGGAGUGUUCUUGUGAUUCUUGAUCCUGGUUCUUCUUUUUCUGGAUUGGCAAUCUGUUUUUGCUUUCGUGAGGGCAUCAGCUUGCCAACUGUGACCAAAUGCUGGUAAAUGGUCAUUCUUCAUGACCUGACCAUCUUUUUUAUGUGUGUUCUAUGUGUGUGAGUAUUUGUCUCAUAUCUUUGAUUCUUUUUUGAAUUGAUCUUUUUAAGUUGUAACGCUCCUUUUCACUUAAAUAGUCAUGAAAUGUGGAUCUGUGAUGAUUGUGGUGGACAUUCUUCUUUAAGAACGACUAUCCUUAUUUCA